AUGGAGGGACAGGGACAGGGUCAGGGACAGGGUCAGGGACAGGGUCCGGGACAGGGACAGGGUCCGGGACAGGGACAGGGACAGGGACAGGGUCCGGGACAGGGACAGAAUCCAGCCAAGGCGGCGGAGUGUCUGAUCGAACUGAACCGGAUCAUUGAGACGCAGCACGCGCUCCUGGAGAGGCAGAAGACUCGGAUCACGGAGCUCCAGCUGCAGGUCGCCGAACUGCGCAGCCGCAACGCGCGCGUGCACGAGGAGUACAAAAGACACCUGCGCACGUGCAGCCUGCAGCAGCAUCAACACAAUAAUAACCACAACAUCAGCAGCGCUUUAACAGCCAUCCGGGAGAAACCUGAGUAUAACGGCAUCCCGAAGAUGGUCAGGAGACACGACUCACUUCCUGUGGAAACCUCCAGCAGCACCAUGUCAUCGUUAUACAGGGGAUCAUUACCGUGUCGUCAGUGGAAAUCCGCUUCCUUCAGACAUUCGGUGGGUCAGAAGAGAAAAGGGCACGUUGGUCCUUGUGCCGCUCUCCUUUUUACCUUUGUGGAGGUGCUGUGCCCCACGCCACGCUCUCCUUCAGGAUGA